GUUGUGCGCAACAACGGUCCUUCCAUCGUUGCUAUGGUGACGUCUCCCAACAUCCGCGUCAAAGAGUUAGUUUAAACUUAAUCCGUAGCUGCUUCAAAUACUUUUCUGUCUACAGAAAUGGACUUACCGGCCACGUAUUACGGUCCGCUCGAUAGAAAGAAUCCCGUUCUUUCAGGUUUCAAACGAGAAACGGAAUCAUUUAUAACGCUUAUGAAACAAGUCACCUCGACGACGGGCCGCGACGGCAGCUCGUUUGCCAAAGGGAUUAAAUUACUCGCGGAUAUACGGAAAAAGUACAAACACCGACUGCCAGAGAGGUUUUACCAGGAGCACCUGUUGCAGCUUGGAGAUAUUCUUUGUGGAUUUAAGUUGUACCAGCUGGCUCUGUGGCAUGGCUACAGUCUCCACCUGCUGCACUGGAGCUCGGUGCCAAUAACUGACAUUACGGACGUUGACCACUUCAUGGCCUGUUAUUUCCCAGAAGGAUUAGAUCUGGACCCAGGCACUGUUGCAAUGAAGUGCCAUGCCAUGCUUGGUUGUGCCACGUGUAUCUUUGAGGAAGUGAAAAGGUGCUGCACCUUCAGUGAGAAGGGACUCUGUAAACUGCUGAAAGUGCUGAACUUCCUUAGGAUCAUGAUGCAGGCAUUCCAGCAGCAUGAACAUCUCUGCUGGCAGAUGUAUGAAGGUGCAUCGUCCAUCUACAACCUCUGCCGCUACUUGAUGACUAUGAAUCGCAGCGAGCAGGCCCUGGAGUACCUUCUGUGGGCGAGUAUCUGUUUGGAGCUGUCCGUCCCUUUGAUGACCGCCAAAUAUCUGCCACUGAUCGCCACGCUCUAUUGUUCAGUCUGCCAGUGUUACUUUGACAACCAGACCGAGGAGCAAGCAGAGGGAUUUGCAAAAAGGGCCCUUGGAAAAAUUAAUGAGCUGGCUAAGCUGGAAGAACCUACUGAUGCCACCAGCAAAGCUUACAGAGAAGCUUCAGUGAAGCUCGCUGUUUUCGUGUUCAAACGGACUGUCUUUGACAUCGAAAGAAGACCCGAGGCCAUGCAAAAAGACAAAACCAAGAGUACCCUCAAAGACAUCCCCAAUGCCCCAUGGCCCCGCAACCCGACAGAGCAGAUGCUGACUAGCCAGUUUGACUGCAUUGCCGGCCAAUUUUUGGGAAUCCUGGAGGCACUUUGGGACAGCAGCACUCGUCCGCUGCAGAUGACGUUGCCAGAUGAUGCAAAGCUACUAGAGGUGGUUCUUGAGCUGCUCUCCGCUGGCAUGAGCAUCUUAUCUGGUACCAGCGAACAAAAAUGCGACGAUUACCAGCGCUUAUCUCCCAACAUGCUGACAUCGGCAUCCACUCAGACGGAUUUAGUGAUUACAGGUGAGAACAAAGUAUCUGUCACGUCUGCCGUGAGAUUCAUCAAACUGUUGUUUAAGCACAAGCAGCCAGAAGCAUUCAGAGAGCUCACCAAGGAGAUGCUGCACUAUCUGUCUGGUGUGGAAGGUCAGCCUUUCAGAAGGGCAGAACGGGAGCUCGCCUUACUGCACAGCUUUAAUAAUCUGCCGCUGCCUCAGAGAGACAAUCCCAAAGAGGACGAAAAAGACGGCGGGGAGAGAUUCUUUUCCUCCAUGAGCGACGAGUUGGUCGGCUUGGUCGACGCCCUGCGUUUGUCCGUUUGCGGCUCGGAUCCUGGACUGCUACCAGAUACGGACCUUGUUUUUGACACUUUGGUAUUCCUGUGGAGGAAAUUAAAAGCGAUCCUGCAAAGCCAUUACCUGGAAGCCCCAGAAUCACCGCUGGACCAAGAGAAGAUGGACGGUUAUGAUAAGUGGCUGUGGUGCCUGUCUGUGCUGUGUGAGGCGGCCCUUGUCUGCGAGCUGGCCAACGUCGACUGCAUUCUGACGGCAGAGAUGAUCCUCACGUUGGGGAAAGAGCUCGAGAGAGCGGCCGACCGCGCGGAUCGAACGGAGGGGUCAGCUGGUGAAGGAUGUGGUGAUGUGAGGCCGGGCUCCUUUCCUCUUCUAGAGAGGUCAAGCACUGUGCUGCUAAAGAAGGCGUGUGAAGUGACGAAGAAGGGUCUCGAAGCCUUGGCAGAGGGUGUCUCUGCGCUGAUUCCACGAGAUCCCUCCGCCGUCACCGACGCCGCCUGCAUGCAGAAAUGUGUGCCCCUUCAUCCCCCGAGUGCAUCUUCGACGCCAUCAGCAGACCAAAAGGGAUCAGCUGAAAACAUUGUGAGGGCAGAAGAAGAGAAGGAACCUACGGGAGAGUCAAAAAAUGAAGGCUGCCACGACGAGAGUUUGUUUUUGGUAGCCAAGGACCUACAGCUAGAGCUCAGUAUCAUCUACCACAAGGCUUCUGUCAAGUUACUGCUGCUAAAUGAAGUUGCAGAGUCCGAUCUGUUGGCUGGGAUCAAGAGGAACAAGGUGUCCAAAGCUCACUUCAUGAUCCAGAAAGCAUCGGUGGAGCACAGCAAAGGGGGGGCAAACCGAAUUAGCGCCAUCAACGGUCUGCUGAAGGAGGCCUCCAUCCUGUUAGAGAAAGCAGAGCUGGAGGACAGAAAACUAUACAUGGCCUCUGUUAAGAAUCUGACCCAAGAUAAGGACAAAAGAGGAGCCGGGGAAAAGGCCCCCCCUCCUCCGAUUUUAAUCUCAAGAACAGACCACUCCUUUACUUUUGCUCCUGCCGCCUAUGACUUGGAAAGACGGGUGAGCUGGUACCAGCUUUGCGGGCGAGCAGCCCAGGGUGCAAACUGGAAAGUCCGCCUUGCUGACUGCAGCAUACCAGGAACUGGGGAUAUGGUGCCAGUGGUUUCUGGUGAGUGUUUGCUCAGGGCAGAGGGUCUGCAGCCCAACCAGAAGUACGUGUUUGCUGUAGCAGCCUACGACGGACAGGGAACGCUAGUGGGCGACACCAUAGGGGAUACAACAUUACCCGUGCUGGCAUGCAUGCCCGCCCCCCUGCUUUCCUCUUGGGCUCACUUGGCUCAGGUGGCUUUUCAAACGGAGCAGCACGCUGUAGCUACAAGAGCCUGCAGAAAGCUGUGGGGUCACUACACAGAACCAGACGGUCCGUCCCGCAGCGGCGAACGCAACGGAUUGGCUUCCAUUGGGCUGCAUAAGGAAACCCUGCAGCACUCCUCUCCUCACCUUUGCCAGAUGUUUCUGAGGGUCAUCUUCGCUGAGACAGAGCGCAACAUUCAGCAGGCUUCUCUCCACUGGGAUUCGUUCAGUGACGGCGGACCGUUUCUCUGGGAACAGGAAGCCAGAUUGGCAGAGUGCGAUCGGAUGCUGCUGGCCAUGGACUUAGCGAUAUAUGCAAAUGACGGCGGGUCUGCUUUACAAGCCGUAGUUACAUGCUACAGGCUUUUGGCUCCUCUGAUCUACCAUCAAAUCGCUAGCGAUCCUGUGGUGCAAGUGCUAAGAAGAUGUUUGGUGGUUUUGGAAGAGAAUUCAUCUCUGCUGAAACAAGGAUGGGGCGGAAACUCCACCGAGUCCCUUUUGCACAUGGUUGCUUGCAUCACUAACUACCUGUCAAAGGUACUGCGCGGGUUCAGGGAAUAUCAGUCGGCUGCUGCUGUGCUCGAUUGUGGGCGCGGUCUGCUUCAGGAGGUCUUUGAUGCUCAAAAAGACAGGAGCCUUUCUUGCCAAGCUGGGAGUAAUAAAGUAUCGACUCAAGCCGUGGACGAUGGCCAAAAGAAGAUAAGCCACCAGUUAAAAGCACUGCAUGUGAAGAACAUUGUAGCUGAGGCAGAGCCUAAUAAAGACAACGAGGUGGCACCGUCACUGGUUACGACUGAAGAUCCCACUGUGCUGUAUCAUCUGUUCUCCAGCUGCACACUGCAGGACAACUACAAGCACGUGAUGCAGCUCAAGCGAAAGACUUAUUUCCUCGAGUUCGCGGCACUGCUUCUGCAGCGGACCGUGGAAGAGGGCGGCGCAGACCUAACGCUGGACUGGGGACAGAGCAUUCUUCAGGUUCUCUCCAGACACGAUGAAACCUUGGGCCUAGCCACGAAAAAAGAGCAGGAAAGCAGCAAAAGUAAGAGAGGCGGUAACCCAGUGGCUAGCAAAAAAAGCGAAACCCCUCAGAUCGCGCCCACGCACGAGGAGUUGAGAAAGAAGCUGAGGAAGCACCUUCCACGCAGCUUGCUGCGGAAUCUGAAAACAAACAGAGAGAUGCGCAUAGUGGAGAAUAUGCUGUCCAUGAUGUCUACCGUAGUGCAACGCCACAAGAAGCAGGUUCAGCUGAGGAACCUGAAAGCCGACGAGAGAGCGUGGAGAUCUGCCGUUAAUUACUGGAUGGCUGUGGCAUAUUUAGAGCAGUUUUACCAAGGCCUGGAGCCGACGCCUGGAGGGCAACAGGAGCAAAGGUACAGCGAGCUCGAUCCCCGGUGGUUCUCUCUCGCCUACUCUGGUGUCCUAAUGAGGAAAGAUUCUCUGCUCUCUUCUGAAGACGAAGUGGACUUGAAGAGGGAGUCUAGCCUCAGGGAUGAUGUACUGACUCCAAAGAGCGAAAAGACACAAGAGGAAGCUGUCAGAAACGACGUCCCUGUGGCCAAGGAGAUCACCGAUGAGAGGAAAGGCUCCUGUAAAAGUGCGGCACAACACACGGAGACGGAGAUGAGCGGUCCUGACUUACUACUGAGUUCUGUCAAAAAUGCUGCUAUAUAUCUUCGCAGAGCGAUGGUGCUGGCCCAUCGCGGACAUCACUGGACAGCCCUGCAGAAUGCGUGUCAGACUCUGUGGGACCAAAACCUCCGACUUUCUACCACGAUACAACAGAUUGCUUUGCGUGAAACGUCCCCACCGGUUACGGCCGACCAGCUGCACGUCAUCUUCACCCCUCUUCUGGUUCUGGCCACCGAUCUUAUGCUGGACAUGCUGGACAAACUGCAGAUUUGGAGAUUUUAUGAUCUUGACUCGACUCUUGAAGAACUUGAGUCUGGUCUCCACUUCUCAGCCCCGCUGGAUGACUGCUUCCCGGUGGACCUGCGCUGGGUUCGGACUUUGGUGAUGCACAGUCUGGAGCAACUUCAUAAUUGUGGAAAAUGGGAAACCCUGGCACACUUUGCCUUACUUUACAACUCAUACACACGGGAACGUUACGCCUUGAUCAUCCUUCCUCUGCUGGUCCACUCUCAGCGGAAGCUGCUUGAAAGAAUCUCUUCUUUUGGAGGACCCGCCGUCCCACAACCGCACCACGUCCAGACACAGAACACCACUGGGGAGAAAAUAACUAACAGAAGCUACGCAGGCUGCCAGCUGCUCAGCGGGUGGACCCGGAACCCCGAAAAGCCCGUUCGCAAAAAGACAGCGCGGAGAAAAUCAUCUCCUAAAGACGCGCCUUCACUCAAAGUUUCAGAGAUGCAGCUCUCCAUGUCGCUGGUGUGCGUUCCUCUUGACGUGGAGGACACGCUCAGCUGCCACCGUGAAGCCCUCGGAAAAAGACCAGACACCCUUCAAGUCCUCCAGCACAGCCGCUCGCUGCUGGUGCAGCUCUUAGCGAGCACACAGCCCUGCUUCGCAGCACAGCUGCCGCGCGGUCAGGGGAGAGGUCUCAGCCGUCCAGCGAGCCAGGUGAGCUUCAGCCCCGCGGUUCUCUCUUCUCCCGACCUCCUACCUGACGACCCGUGUGAGGAGGACUUCGGUGCUCCGAACGCUAUCUAUUGCCGUCCCAUCAGCCUCAACAGCACGCCAACGGUUGCUGCAGCAUACGCAAACUCCAUCAAGUACCUGCAGCCUGACGGUCACGACUCCCUUAAAGUUUUAGCUCUGCAUGAAAAGGGGAACCUGCACUACUAUGCAGGAAACCUGAGUGCGGCACACUCAUGCUGGAGUAAAGCUGUGGACUGCGCCUUCCACAGCUCCCGUGUCAUCCAGGAAUGGGACGGCUCCUCGCAAGACGCUGUAAAGAAAGCCGGUAUAUGGGGAUGUCUGCUGGGCGCCGUGCUCGCUGCAAAGAUCGCACAGUUUGUUUCGACCCCCGACAUCGCCGAGCGCACAAAGUGUUGUCUGCUGUCUGCUCAUUUCUUAAAGUGCGUGCUGGGCUGCUCCAUGGUUCACCCUCGAACAGACCUACAGUAUAGCUCGUACGCCAUCGGGGACGAACUCUUUCCCGGCGUCAACCUUUUUUCUGAGCCCCACAGGCUUCAAGUCGGCGCCACAGUCGCGAGUCUUCAUUUUGUCUGCCACUGGCUCUUCGCCGCAGGCUACCACAUCACGCUUCUGCCCGUUCUAGCCCUUUACCUCCACUUGGUGGGGCCCGUGUGCAGAGACGUCCAGCGCACGGCUGAAGCCAAGAUCCUCAAGGUCCGUGCUCUUACAGAGUUGUGCAUGUUCACUGAAGCCAUUGCAGAAACUGUUCAAUUCACUCAAGGAGCAGAUGUUAUUCUCCCGUCUGGACUCCGCAUUGCCAAACCAGACCCACAACCUGUGAGGACUUUCUGCACCAACAAAUCUCUUCCUGAUAACGUGGAGGCUCUGGAAGACCUUAUAAACUGUGACUUUACCUCAGAGGUCUGCACGUUGUAUGGUGAUACACUGUGCUCCAGAUUCAACCUCGCUCGUAUUCAGCUGAUCUUAGCGAUCAGCAAGUCUGAACCUGGCUGCCCUGAAUCAGAUUCUGAAGAAAGUUGCGCUAACACACAAAGCAGAGAGAUGGAUACAAAACACGGUGAGCAGGAGAGACUUGAAACACAGGGAUCGGGCCCCGAAGCAGAAGAGCAGAAACGUGUCACUUUCUGCAUCGGGAAGGAAAAACUAUCUCCAAAAAGGAUCAAGGGUCUUUUAUUAGAAGGAGCCUCCACCCUGUUGUCCUCUGCCUGGCAGCAGCUCACCUCUCAUACGUGCAGCGAAGCUGAGAAGCUGGAGCUGACCGUGGAGUUCAACUUUCUUAAAGCCAAUAUCUUUCUGCAGCAAGGAAACUUUGCACUCAGCUCUGAGAUUGCAAUUUCAUCUUUGACGUUGCUGCAGACAUCUCCCGUCAUUGUGAGACAAUGCCCUCCUGGUAGUGAACAGGACACCAGAGACUGCAGUGAGUCAAGCAGCCUGGAUGGAGACUGCCCCAGAGCUGUUGAAGCCCGGGAGAGAAUCGGCGCUUUGCUGUGGCUCCGGUGCCGGCUGACUCUGGUCCAAAGCCUAGCUGCUGACAUCCCCGCCUCUGCAAAAUUUUUCCCAGGCAAUAACGUUAAUGAAGAAAUAGCUCGGCUGAUACAGGAGGGACUGGACGAAUGUGUGCGGUGGGGGGACCGAGAUAUUCAAGCUCUUUUGAUGGUGGAAGCUGCAGAGUUAGAGGCAAAGAGAGGCCGGAGAGAUCAGAGCUUAGCAAUGCUGCAGAAAGCAGUGAAUCUGCUGUCAGAACGAAGUCAUAUGCCACCCGGGUCUGUUCUGACUCUGACUCGAGCGACGUUGUUGCUCAGUGACCUGAGAGAAGCACGGAGCACAUCGCUUCUCCAGCUGACACAGAAACUCCUGGAGAAGCAGCUAUGCUUGUUCGAUCAAAGUGUAAAGUUGGUUGAUGGAAAUCUGAGUUUCUCUCCACCUGGACCCAGAAACAUCUACCUGCCUUGCCUGGACAUGCUGAAGAAAGUCACUGUGGCAAUUGGUUCAAUCCUGAAUCUUGGCAACAUGCAAGAACCUGAUCAAUCAUCCAUGCCCAGCAAGAGUCUGCACCGGUCCAAUAAGACCAGGAGAGAUUCUCAAAAAGUUUCCCCUCUGAGCGAUAAAAGCUCAUAAAUGUGAUUGCUAACAUUUGAUUUUUUUUUUUUUUUUUGUCAUUUUGAGAGGCAGAAAAUGUUUGCUUUCUAGUAGAACUCCUGCAGUGAUUCAUUACAGGGUCGUCUUUGUACUAUAUCACCACAAUACAGUUAUAUUUUAAAGGCCUAUAUAGUGAUGUCUCUUGUAUUCUGGAACAUGAAGGAGAAAAUUAAAGCUGUACUGAAAAUUAGCAAAACUGUACCAUUCUAAUGUGAGAGAAUUAAAA